CGGGCGCCCUCGGCCACGCGGGAGAGAUCAAGGGCCAUAACGACGACGGGCGGAGGGACGGCCGUGGACCGGGGCUCUUUCCGUCGUUGGCUCGGACGACGAGCUGUGCUGUGCACCCUUCCCCCACCUUCGAGCUUAGGUCCGCGCCAACUUCUUCUACCUCAGAAUGCGCCGGAGAUGCUAGUCGUCUCCAGCAUCGGCCGCUUCCUGCUUCUCUUCUUCACACUGCUGGCACUCGCCGCCUUUUCUUCUUCGAUUCCGCUGCCUGGCGAGUCCGCGCGGUCGAUGAGGCUGCCCGUCACCCGGCAGCUGCUCGCGCCCCGGCAGGGGGCAGGGCCCUCUGGCGAUCCCGCGACCUCCUCCGACGCAGCAGCAUCAGACGGCGCGCUUGGAUCGCUGCCGCCCGACGGCCCUGCUUCAUCUGGCGCCCCUGCAACAGCCACAGACUCUUCAGCGUUCCCCACAGAGCCCCCUUCGUCUUCCCCUUCACCUUCGCUCGAUGUAAAUUCUACCCCGGCCAGCUCAUCUCCAUUCCCUUCCAUGUCCUCUCCCUCGAUCGACCCCUCGGCCCGCGUCGCAGAGUCAGAUAGCGCGUCUGCGUCGUCAGAUAGCGCUUCCGCGUCUGCUUCCUCCAGCCCCGCAGUCUCCGCGGCCUCCGUCUCCACGUACACAGACCAAGUCUCCGCGGCACGAUCGGCCUCGACCGUUACAGACUCUGCGUUCUCGGCCACUCAGACAGACUCUGGCUUCAGCGGCAGUAGCUCAUGCACGGACGCUAGCUGGUCUGCCGGGGCCUCGGACUCUGCACCGUCAGAUUCAGGAGCCCCCUCUGAUUUUACUGGCCCUUCAGUUCCAGCAGCUUCGUCGUCCCCUGCAGCUUCGUCCGAUCCAGCGGCCUCGUCAUCCCCGUCAGACCCUGCAGCCACCUCGUCAGAUCCAGCCGUCACUCCCUCUGAUGCAGCUGGUGUCCCCUCUGAUGCAGCGAGCUCCCUUUCUGACCCCACCGCCCCAUCCAGCUCUGAUGCGGGCGCGUCGUUCACGUCAUCCCCUGCACCCUCUUCUACUGAUGCAGGAUUCACCUCUGCGCCAGCAGACGGUGAAUUCACGUCCUCUCCGGAACCCACAUCCACCGACGCAGGCUUCACCUCCUCACCUGAGCCCACCUCUACCGAUGACGGCGACGGCCGCGUCCCGCCCAGCGACAUCAACACUGCGACUGGGGAGAUCACAACCAGCGCAGGGGAUGGAGAGCGGCGCAUCCCGCCUACCGCGACGGAGGGUGGUGCGAGUGCGACGGACGGUGCAGCGGACGGCCAGCCGACGACCAGUGCGGAGGACGGCGAGCGUCGCAUCCCUCCUGGGGAUCAGACGGCUACGGACUCUGCGGCGGACCCCAACGCAACGCAACCACCUGACGGUGCGCGGCAAGGUGGCGAUGGUAACUCCAACGACGGUCAGAGACAGGGCGAUAACGGCAAUAACAACAACGGUAACGGUGAUGGCAAUGGCAACGACAACGGCAACGACUCCUCCAACGACGCUUCCACGACCUCCGACAGCAGCAGCGAUGACCGCGAAGCAGAGACAACGUUCAGCUUUGGCGGCGCCGCAGGCGCGGACCCGACCGGGUCUACAUCUUCUAUCGACCCUGCCCCCUCGGACUCGUCUUCGUCUUCUCCUAGCUCGACCUCCUCCCAGAAGACCGCCGCCAUUGCCGGCGGCGUCGCAGGAGGCGUCGCCGUCCUCAUCAUCGUCGCCCUCGCCCUCCUCUACGCCCUCCGCCGCCGCCGGCGCGCCGGCUACACCCACGCCCGCACCUCCUCCUGGGGCAACGGCGGCGGCCUCGCCGCCGGCGGUGUCCUCAGCCGCGCCAUCGGCUACGACAACGACCACACGCGCACCGAGUCUUACAGCUCGUCCGGCAGCAGCACGAGCUCGAACCCGCAGAUGGAGGAGAUCCCGAACUUCCUGCGCGGUGAUAGCCCGUACAGCUCGCGGUCGGGCGCGAGUGGGCGUGGGUAUGUGGGUGAGCCGUUGGUGAUUCCGUAUGUGCCGCCCACGAUUACGAGCCCGAGUGUGGAUGAGAGGAGGUUUUCGGAUAUGGCGCCGCCGCGGGCGAUCGUGGCGUCGCCGAUGGGCUCGCCAGGACCAGGUCGCUCGUCGCCUGCGCUCCGCUCGGUGUCGCCGCCGGGCCCGCCGCCCAUCACUCCUCUGCCGCCCCCGCCUGCGUCCCCAGCAAGGGCGAAUGGGUCUUCUGCCAAGUCCUCCCCUGCCCCUUCGGCUCAGUUCACCCCGCCCGCACCUCCCGCGCCGCAAGGUCUCAAGGGUAAACUGCAGCAGGUCCUGUCCACCAAGCCAAAGCCGCAGCUGAACCUCCUCGCCGCCGUCCCCCCUCAGCCAAGCACCUCGCAGGCACAGAACCCCUUCCUGUCCCCGCGCGACGCCGAGGACCCGUUCAAGUCGCCCGAGGAUAGGCGCCCGCCCUCGCUCCCUGCGCCUUCGCCACGUCUCGACCUCUUGCACCUCUCCGGCGUGCAGGACAUCGACCCCACGCAGGCGCAUGCGCAGUGGAACAUGGGCCCGCGCCGCCAGACCGAGCUGAUCGUGCCCGAGUCGCGCCCGACGUCCAGCACGGCGCCGCACGACCGUAACAGCAGCGGCGGGCCGCCCGCGUCGCCGUCUGUGUACUCGAACUACUCGAAGUCGUCUCGGUCGCCGACUGCCCCGUCCGUCUCGGACGAUCCCUUCUGGGCACCCGUACUUGACGCCAACCGCAGGCCUCUGUACCCGCAGAACCAGACGCGUUCGAGCCCCAAUCCCAACCCCUUCGACGAUAGCAACUCAACCGCUGGCCGGUCUAACUAUAGCGGAAACUUCGGCUUCGCUGUCUGAAAGGACUAUCCAUAUAUAUUGACGUGCAUUCGUACCAGCCACUCUUGACUCCAGGAAUUCACUGGCAGUGAUAACUUAUUUAUGAACGGAUACUGUAAAUGCUAACUAAACUUUUGGGAUAUGAGGCCAUGUAUCAGCUUGGGCAAGAUAACAGCAGGCCUCCCUGAGUGCGACAGAUGCGGCGGC